GCUCCACCCAGCUGGUACCACCCCCACAGGCAGCCAUCACUGGCGAUGGCCCCUCGGGUCACCGGUGAUGUCAUCAUGGCCAUUGUGACCCCUGUCCUCCUGGGGCCAUCCCUGCCAAGUCUACACCCAGCACAGGCCUCUCCGCUCAGUCCUUGCCCUGUGCCAGGCUGCUGCCCUGCUGGUGAGGCGGGUGGGGGCCCUCCCUGCCCCUGCUCCGAGCUCCGGGCCCUCACCUGGACCCUGCCGGCAGGAAGCCAGGCCCUGGAGGGUGGUUGCGGCCCCUCCCCAGCUGUGAGCAGUCCCCAGGCUGCCCAGCCGCAUAGGAGCUUGGGCUGAACUUGAGCCCCAGACAGGCCAGGUGGAUUGUCCAGGUUUGUGACGAACAGGCUGGGAUGCAACUGGCUGACAGGGGUCCCGGCUGAGUGGACGGCUCCCAUAGCCACCCCUGUGGGACCCCACCUAUUCCCAGCCCAUGAGAGGCCAAUGGGGAGUGGCCAAGAGGAGGGACUCCCAAGUCAGCGAGGCCAGCCAGACCACGACGCAGGUGGGCACUGUGGGCCAGACCUGGAGGGGACAGGAAGAGCCUCUGAGACGCCCACAAUCCCCAGGCUCCCGACCAGCUGCCCACCUGCAGACCCAGAUGACGCUGAGGCCGCCGGGCCCCCAGCUGCCCUCCUGGAGGGGCUCCUGCUGGGGGGUGGGAAGCCAUCGUCCCACAGCACCCAGCCUGGGCCCUUCUUCUACAUUGGAGGCAGCAAUGGGACCUCAAUCAUCAGCUCCUACUGCAAAAGCAAGGGCUGGAAGCGCAUCCAGGACAGUGGCCGGGAGGACUACAUGCUGAAGUGGUGGGAGGUCAAGAGCCGAGACAGCUACAGCAGCUUCCAGGAAGGUAUCGGGUGGGGGCGCCAGGCGUCCCGGGCAGGCAGCCUGCAGGGCCACCUGGGCCAGAGCAGGGGGCAGAUUGGAGGUGUGGGGACUGAGGUCCUGCACACCCUUGACACACACCCUGGCCUCUGCCAUCCAAGAGAGCAGCUGUUGUACCAGCUUCCCUACAAUAAACUCCUCAGCACCCUCCGGGGGCGGGCACGGGCCAUUAGCAAGGCCAGCAAGGCGCCGGGCAGCCCCUAGGCCAGGUUGGGACAGGAUGCAGCAGUGCCGCUGGAGGACCUCCCGUGGACAAGCCCAGGAUACCUCAGGCCACAGAGGGUCCUGAGAAUGCAAGAGUUUUUCCCAAAGACCUACCGUCUGGAUGUCAAGGACUCGAGAGAAGCCUUCUUCACCCUGUUUGACGAAACCCAGAUGUGGAUCUGCAAGCCAAGCAACCAGGGCAAAGGUAUCUUCCUGCUCCAGAGCCAGGAGGAAGUCUCCGCCCUGCAGGCCAAGACCCAGAGCAUCGAGGACGACCCGGUCUACCACAAGCUGCCGCUCUGGGGGCCUCAGGCGCUGGUGGUGCAGUGGUACAUCCAGAACCCGCUGCUGCUGGACGGGAGGAAGUUCGACAUGCGCUCCUACCUGCUCAUCGCCUGCGCCAUGCCCUACAUGGUCUUCUUCGGCCACGGCUAUGCCCGCCUCACCCUCAGCCUCUACGACCCCCGUUCCAGCGACUUCAGCAGCCACCUGACCAACCAGUUCAUACAGAAGAACCCCCUGUACGUGCUGCUGAAGGAGGACAUGGUGUGGAGCAUGGAGCGUCUCAACCGCCACAUCAACGACACCUUCAGGAAGGCCCGGGGCCUCCCCAGGGACUGGGUCUUCACCACCCUCACGGAGCAGAUGCAGCAGAUCAUGGUCCACUGCUUCCUGGCCACCAAGUCCAAGCUGGAGCGAAAGCUGGGUUACUUCGACCUCAUCGGCUGUGACUUCCUGAUUGAUGACAACUUCAAGGUGUGGCUGCUGGAGAUGAAUUCCAACCCCGCCCUGCACACCAACUGUGAAGUCCUGAAGGAGGUCAUCCCAGGUGUGGUCAUGGAGACGCUGGACCUGGCGUUGGAGACCUUCCAGAAGAGCCUGUGUGGCCAGAAGAUGCUGCCCCUGCGGACCCAGCGCCACUUCCUGCUCCUGCACAUCGGUGAGGCCGUGCAGCGGCUGCGUCCAGGGGGCCGGAGCAGCCUCCCACGCCAGCUUCCCUGCGCCCCCCACCGGGCCGAGUCCUCUGGGCCGCCCAUGCCGCAUGCCCCAGCCCGGCCGGGUGCCCGCAGACCAACACCACCUCCCUCGGCUCCCUGGCAGCUCCGGCCACCCAGCCCUGGCCCCAGCCCCGACAAUGCCCAUGACCGGGAGCCCCAGGGGGGCGACAGGGACCUGGUACAAGAUCCUUCUCCAGGGACAACCCAGGAGGAGCACAAGGAGCUCAGGAACACAAGACUCUAAAGGGGUGGGCCACCCGAGCCCCACCUACCACGCCCCCCACCCCACCAUGCUGCCCCUGCCAUGCUGCCCCUGCCACGCUGCCCACCCUCAGGGACCUGUAAAGGCUACUUUGUUACAAACACAA